AUGGGGAAAAAGAUCACCGCAGCCGCUGUUCACGCCGCGCCAGUUUUUAUGGAUAAGAAGCGCAGCAUCGAAAAAGCUAUUCGACUCAUCAAAGAAGGCAAAGAUCAAGGAAUCGACUUCUUGGGAUUCCCAGAAACUUUUGUACCUGGAUAUCCGGUAUUUUUCCAUCCGAACCCGUCUAAAGCUAAAGUACAGUGCUGAUACAGAAUGCAUGGAUCAGUAUUUCAUUCAAACCUACGCACCACUCAAAUACGCUGGUGCACAAGCCCAAUAUGCAGAAGAAAGCGUUGUAGUUGGAGAAACUGGAGGAGAUCUCCUACCUAUUAUGCGCAUUUGCGCCGAGCUGAAGCUUGCGAUUUCCAUUGGAAUUUCGGAGCGGGUUGAUGGCGGCUAUACAUUAUUCAACUCGCAAGCUUUCAUUGAUACCGAUGGAACAUUACUAGGUGUACACCGAAAAAUACAACCCACGCAUGCCGAGCGCACGAUCUGGGCCCAAGGAAGCGGACACACAUUACGCGUAUGGCCUAGUAGUGUAGGUAGACUGGGAGGACUAGCAUGUUGGGAGAAUACAAUGAAUAACGCACGUCAAGUAUUAAUUGAGCAGCGUCAGGAAAUUCACGCGGCGGCAUGGCCUGCUCUUAGCACUAUAUCUGGAUUCGAAUUGGUGGCCGAUGCGCAAAUAGAGGCAUUGAUGAAGAAUCAUGCGUUGACGGCACAGGUAUGGGUUAUUUGCGCGAGUGAUUAUGUAGAUGAAGGGACAUUGGAAUGGAUGGAGAAAAAUCUGGGACCGCAGGAUUUGGUCAAGAGGGGAGGCGGUUGGAGUGCUGUUAUCCAUCCAUUUUGUACAGUGUUGGCGGGUCCGCAUACGGGAGCUGAGGAAAAACUCUUGAAGGCAGAGAUUGAUUUUGAGGAAUUAGCAGGUGUAAAAGUGUGGAUUGAUGCUAGUGGGCAUUAUAAACGUCCUGGGAUAUUCAAGUUGGAGGUGGAUAGAACUCCAGAGUGGCCGGAUGAUGAGAUUGUGGCGGCUGGGGCUUCUGGGCCUUGUAUUUCACACACAUGAUGAUGUAAGGGGGAACAGCUGAGUGUAUAUGACGCUUCUUGGGUGGUUUCCCGCAGAAAAUUGGCUCUAACACCUAGGGAAGUCGAAAGAAAUCUGAUGUUU